AGCAGGAGCUUUACAGCGCGUGGAAGGCGGAGAUAGUUACUGAAGAUAGCUGCCGACACUAGCCUGUUUUCAAGACGUGUGUGUAAUGCCUAUGUAAUGCUUGCGUUUUACACCCGCUUAUUGACACGGCUAUGAAGACGGAUCUACCUCUUGGAAAUUGAAAUCCAAUUUAUUUGCAUUGUUGUUCACUUGUUUCCCUUGACUGAAUUCUUUAAGAGCAACCCUUUGCUUUUCUGGUCUCUGUUGGAUAGUGUAAAUGUGUUUAAAUGGCUGGGGCACAGCCUGGUGUGCAUGCUUUGCAGCUCAAACCUGUCACAGUCUCUGACAACCUGAAGAAGGGCAGCAAAUUCUUGAAGUGGGACGAUGACUCUAAUACUAUUUCAUCUGUUUAUUUAACUCUGGAUCCUCAAGGAUUCUUCCUUUUCUGGACAGAGCAGAGCAAGGAAACAGAGCUUCUUGACAUCAGCCAGGUUAAAGAUGCAAGAACGGGAAAAUUUGCCAGAACCCCAAAGGAUCCAAAGCUACGGGAACAACUGGAUGCAACGAUCACAGGAUGUCGCCUGGAAAACAGAAUGGUUACAGUUGUGCAUGGUCCAGAUAUGGUCAACAUUUCCUACCUGAAUUUAGUUGCUGCUUCAGAAGAUAUUGCAAAGGAAUGGGCAGAUGAGAUAUUUGCUCUGGCAACAAACCUCCUGGCACAGAAUAUGUCUAAGGACGCAUGUCUUGAAAAGGCGUACACAAAGCUCAAACUUCAGGUCAACCCAGAAGGUCGUAUUCCAAUAAAAAACAUUUACCGCAUGUUCUCAGCUGACCGUAAGAGAGUGGAAACAGCAUUAGAAUCCUGUAAUCUUCCAUCGGGUAGGAAUGACACCAUAUCUCCAGAUGAUUUCACACCUGAAGCUUACAGAAUAUUUGUAAAUAGCAUCUGCCCAAGACAAGAAAUCGACAAUAUAUUUUCGGAAUUUGGUGCCAAGAGCAAACCAUAUCUUACUGCUGAUCAGAUGUUGGAAUUUAUAAAUGCCAAGCAGCGGGAUCCACGGUUAAAUGAAAUCUUGUACCCUCCAUUAAAACAAGAGCACGUCGAGCAACUGAUUGAAAAAUAUGAGCCCAAUAGUAGCCUUGCACAGAAAGGACAAAUAUCAGUGGAUGGUUUCAUGCGUUAUCUGAGUGGAGAAGAAAAUGGUGUUAUUCCUCCAGAAAAACUAGACCUCUGCGAAGAUAUGUCUCAACCGUUAUCUCAUUAUUUUAUCAACUCUUCUCAUAACACCUACCUCAUAGCUGGGCAACUGGCAGGAACUUCAUCUGUAGAAAUGUAUCGUCAGGUGUUAUUGUCAGGCUGUCGCUGUGUAGAACUGGAUUGCUGGAAAGGAAGAUCACCAGAAGAAGAACCAAUUAUCACUCAUGGAUUUACUAUGACAACUGAGAUCUUGUUUAAGGAGGUAAUAGAGGCUAUCGCCGAAUCAGCUUUCAAGACAUCUCCUUACCCAAUUGUCCUUUCCUUUGAAAACCAUGUGGAUUCACCUAAACAGCAAACAAAGAUGGCAGAAUACUGCAGAACAAUAUUCGGGGAUGCUUUGCUUACAGAUGUUUUAGAAAAAUACCCUCUUGAGGCCGGAGUAUCACUACCCAGCCCUUCAGAUCUAAUGUACAAAAUUUUGAUAAAAAAUAAAAAGAAAUCGCAUAAAUCCUUGGAAGGAAGUGGAAAAAAGAAACUGGCAGAGCAAGCAUCAAACACCUACAGUGAUACAUCCAGUGUUUUUGAGCCAUCUUCACCAGGAACAGCUCAAGUGGAUGCUGAUAUAGAAAGUGAUGAAGAAGAUGAUGAUGAUGAUGACUGCAAGAAAUCAUCCACGGAUGAAGGGACUGCUGGAAGCGAAGCAUUUGCCACAGAAGCAAUGUCGAACUUGGUAAAUUAUAUCCAGCCUGUGAAAUUUGAAUCUUUUGAAAUGGCUAAAAAACACAACAAAAGUUUUGAAAUGUCUUCGUUUGUUGAAACCAAAGCAUUAGAACAGCUCACCAAAUCUCCAGUGGAAUUUGUGGAAUACAACAAAACACAACUUAGCCGCAUCUACCCAAAAGGAACAAGAGUAGAUUCUUCCAACUACAUGCCUCAAGUCUUUUGGAAUGCUGGUUGCCAAAUGGUUGCUUUGAACUUCCAAACAGUAGACUUAUCUAUGCAGUUAAAUUUUGGGAUGUAUGAAUGUAAUAGGAAGAGUGGCUUCAGACUCAAACCAGAAUUCAUGAGGCGACCAGAUAAACAUUUCGACCCCUUUACGGAGAGUACUGUAGAUGGAAUCGUGGCUAACACAUUAUCUGUUAAGAUAAUUUCAGGUCAGUUUCUGUCUGACAAAAAAGUUGGCACAUACGUGGAAGUUGACAUGUUUGGCCUGCCUGUAGACACAAAAAGAAAAGCAUUCAAAACAAAGACUUCUCAAGGGAACGCAAUCAAUCCUGUUUGGGAGGAAGAUCCCAUUGUAUUUAAAAAGGUAGUCCUACCUUCACUGGCUUCAUUAAGGAUAUCAGUUUAUGAAGAAGGAGGAAAAUUUAUUGGUCAUCGAAUUUUGCCAGUGUCAGCAAUUCGUCCAGGGUACCAUUACAUCUCUUUAAGGAAUGAAAAGAACCAGCCGCUGAUUCUGCCAUCUCUGUUUGUGUAUAUAGAUGUAAAGGAUUAUGUUCCAGACACCUUUGCAGAUGUCAUUGAAGCAUUGUCAAACCCUAUCAGAUAUGUAAAUCUAAUGGAGCAAAGAACUAGGCAACUAGUGGCACUAACACUGGAGGAUGAGGAAGAAAUGAAAAAGGAGAUGGAGUCUGGUGAAGUACCUUCUGAGUCCAAUACAGAUCUUCGUCCAGUACCAGCAGAAAAUGGAGUUAACCAUCAUGCACCAGUGGUGUCUCCAAAACCACCCAGCCAACCUGUACACACACAGUCUACAACAGCAAGUCAAAAAGUCACAGCAAAGACAGAAGACCUGAUUCAGAGUAUAGUAACAGACCUGGAGGCUCAGACCAUUGAAGAGUUAAGGCAACAGAAAGCAUUUGUAAAACUUCAGAAGAAACACUACAAGGAAAUGAAGGAACUUGUAAAAAAACAUCAUAAAAAAACAACUGACCUCAUCAAAGAAUAUACUGCCAAGUACAAUGAAGUUCGCAGUGAGUACCUGCGAAAAAGGACACUCCUAGAAAAGAGUGCGAAAAGGGAUGGCAAGAAAAGGGGUGACUCUGGUAGUCCAACACCAGAUCAUACUUCAUCAGGCAUCGAACAAGAACUGGCCACUCUUGAUGCAGAAAUGGCCCAGAAAAUAGCAGAGCUAAAAGAACAACAGCAGCAUCACCUGCUAAACCUGAGGCAAGAGCAGUACUAUAGUGAAAAGUACCAGAAAAAGGAACACAUCACUACACUUAUCGAGAAGUUGACAGAAGUAGCUGUUGAGUGCCAAAACAGUCAAUUAAAGAAGCUAAAAGAAAUUUGUGAAAAAGAAAAGAAAGAUUUGAAAAAAAAGCUGGAUAAAAAGAGACAAGAGGAAAAGAUCACAGAAAUCAAAACAAAAGACAAAAAUCAAAUAGAAGAGGAGAAAACAGAAAUGAUUCGGUCCUAUGUGCAAGAAGGGGUACAGUACAGGAAACGGUUGGACGAUGCUCAAAGUAAAAGGCAUGAAAAGAUCACAGAAAAACACAAAGAAAUUCUUCAGCAAAUAAUAGAUGAAAAACCUAAGCUGCAGAGUGAACUUGAUCAAGAAUAUCAAGACAAAUUCAAAACACUUCCACUGGAAAUUCAAGAAUUUGUGCAAGAAGCCAUGAAAGGAAAGUUUCAUGAUGACAGUGAUCAUACCACUGCCACAUCCUCCUCUGCGCUGCUAGAGAUCUCAAAGCUGAACCACAAGCCUCUCACAAGUGAAGACGAUUUAGAGGAUGACCAUUCUGAUACUCAGCUUUAAUAAGGCCCUGCCUGGCAUCAGGCUGUUUCCUGUUUGCCAGUGUGAGCUCAUUGCAUACUAAACAUAUUUAUUUUAUUAUCGUUCAAUGAAUGGGUGGUAGAUGAAAUCAGCAGGGAAAAUUUGUUCUGCAAGUGCACAUUUUUAAUAUGGGGCAUUUUUUAAACUGUAGUGUAGCAGUCUCCUCUAUUACAGUGGGUCGCGGCCACAGGGCACAUCUGUGGACAUCUACUGUGUCAUCACACAUAGACACUGCAGCUCUUUCUUUGUAGGAUGAAAUAUUGGCUGUUUGUAACCAUACAAACUGUUAAGAAUGCUACUAAAAAUCACAGAGUACUGUGUGGUUAUGAAUACACAUUUCUUUAAGGUGCCACUGCAGAGUGAUGAAAACUCCUCAGACCUACUAGUCAGUAUGACACUCCAUUCUUUUGUAGCUCUUUCACAGUUUUACUGCUGUGAUUUUCACCUUAGGUUUGCACUGAAUUAUUAAAAUGUUGUUUUGACUACAA